UUUUAAAGUAAACACACAAAAUUUUGUAUUAUAAUUUUCUAAAAAAUGGGCAAAAAAUUUAAUUAUUAUAGUAAAAACUCAAAGCAACCGCUAGAAGAGCAGAUGCAGAGCAAUUGCCAUUUCAAUACAGAGUUGGAUUCAAAUCGAAUUCAUAUGCGCUACAUAAAAACCCUGAUCCGAGUGCAAAACUCCAUACACAGGAGAUUCCAUCGGAGAAGCUCUGGAAAUUUGCUGGCCAGGCCACUUCGUAGUGCAGCUGGUAGCUCCUAUACGGAUUGUAAGGAAUCGGAUGAAGCAGAGGGGGAACUAAAAAAGUGUCAUGACCAGAAAAAAGAGCUCCCCUACGAUGCCUCUAAGCCAUUUGGGAAACCAGAGUGCCCCUCGAAUGAUAAACCAGUGAAAUCUUCCUGCCUGUGCAAUAAACCAACAGAAAAAAGUGCGGACAAGAGCUGCCAUUUGAGGCCGGAACCCGUUAAAACCGCAAGCCGUGAUGAAAAUAAGAGCCAGCGGCGCAGCUGCGUUUGCUUCCAAAAGCCCGUGGCCACAGAAAUUCCGAACAGUGAUCCGCUGAGAAAAACCCGAGAAACUUGGCCCCAGACACAUCAAAGGGUAACAGAAAAGCCUAAAACUCACAGAACUUGCCGCUGUUGCUCGAGACCCAUUAUCGUGGUUCCCUCUGGGGAAGGAACGAAGAAAUUCCAUGAGGCAACUCAACAAGCUGCCCCCCAAAAAUCAUCACGUAAUUCGAGACUCGCUACCCAGGAUCACACCAAAUCACAAAAUUCGACACACGUUAACCAGGCCAACUCCAAAACCCGGUUGCCAGAUCACAAAAUAGCGCAAAAUUCUGCAGAAAAUAAUCAGGUUUGCUUUCAUUCGUCAGAGGAUACCCAUUGUUCGAGGAAACCACCGCCGUGUACAAACUGUCCUGCUAUUUCCGAUAUAACCAAGCAGUUGAGUGAAAUGAACCGAAGACUGGAGGGUCUUCAGAGCAAUGAGUUGAGUGACAUUCGUCACCAGGUGGAUAGCCUCAAUGCCAAUGUCCAGUCGCUGACCGAAAAGUGUGAGGAGAAGAAAAAGCUGGAGAAGAAGACCUCGAGCAUCUGCCAGUUUUGUCGGGGGCAGAAGUUGCCCCUGCUCAACAGCUUCCACGGCCAGCUGAUGGAGUUGAUUGGCGAUCGCAGUCUUACGGAUCUGGUGAUGUCCAUAUUCCUGCGAGCAGACAACGUCUACCACGUGAACUUGAGGGAACUGAGCUCGGGCCGUGCCCUGGGCUGCUUCCUCGUCACCGAUGCCGGCAUCGAGGAGGCCAUCCAGUUGGACCUCUUCAAGGACAUACUCACCUUCAGUGUGAUCGAUGUGCGGAAUACCAUCAAGCCAAAGAACUGCGCCCUGGGCAUAUCCUUUGAGUUCCAUCAUGCAGAUCGCCAGAGCGGUGGUUGCGACUCCAAGGCUCGUGGCAGUUGCAUGGUGGGUAGGCCCUAUGUGGCCAGGGUUCUCUGUCUUCCUUUGAGGAAGUUAAAGUACGUGUAUUCUGUGCCGCAAGCACCUAGAAAAGAAACGGAGAAUAGAUCCAGCAAACUCGCCAGUUCCCCAAAAGUACAAAUUCAAUCAAGACCUGGCUUAUAUCAAAACAAAUCCAAGUCCAGUAUCAGACAGACUUUAAAUGAAAUCGCCCUCAUCAAUGAUCAAUUCAUUUUAUCCGAUGACGAAGACAAAUAUCCAUUGAGUCAACUGGAAACGACCUCGCUGUCAGACCUAGAUUGCCGUAUUCAUCAUAACUAAAAGAAAGAUCAGCCAAACGUUUUUACUUUUAAUAAACAACGAAUAUUACCCUCUAAAUAGCACAAAAGAAAAUAACUUGAUAUUUUUCAAGAUAUUGCUUAUGA